GUGGAUGUGCUUUGAGGUCCGCUGUGUCUCCGUGGCGCAGGACAGGAGGACGGUCGCCACGCCUUCAGGGACGCACUUUUUUCACGGCGUCAGCUCUCCAUCCGUGUCGGCUGUCCACCGGUGGACACCUGUCCAGAGCCAGGACGUCUACACAAGCUGCUAUCAACAGACAUUUUCUCCACUUAACAUCAGUCAGGCUUGUGCCUCCGGAGUCCCGCGCUACUUCUCCCACUGAUGCCAGUUGAACAGGCUGUUGUGUAAACGCUAAUUAAUUUGGGAAUAUCUGGAGCGGCAGUUUUAUUGAUUUGACAUCGGAUACAAGUCGGAUCAAAAAUGGGGAUCAAAGUGUAGUGCUGACAGGAAUGCCCCAGACUGUGUGCUCAGGCACCAUGUUCACCACUCCCAGUGGCUUCAGCCCUCAUCUGGCCUGUGCUGAGCCUGGGGAGGAGGAGGAGGCCCCACAAGAGGGCCCGGGGCCCGGGGCUUGCCUGGCUGAUGGGCCCCCGAUCACCUCUGCCUCCCUGGACACUCUUAUUCAGAAUCUGGUGCCCACUGCAGAUUACUACCCCGAGAAAGCCUAUGUGUUUACCUUCUUGCUGAGUGCUCGUCUGUUCAUCCCUCCUCCGGAGCUGCUGGCCAGGGUGUGUGAGCUGUGCAUCAAACAGCAGCAGCUGGAUCAGAGCCCACUCGAUACGGCCAAAGUGCGCAAGUUUGGUCCCAAGAUCCUGCAGCUGCUGACAGAAUGGACAGAGACAUUCCCGUCCGACUUCAGGGAUGAGAAGAUGGUCGGAUACCUUAAAGACAUCAUCCACAGGAUAGCUCCAUGUGAUGAGGCAUACUGGAAAACCCUGAACCAAGUGCUGCAGAAGCUGAGCCAGAGGCUGGCCCUGAUGAGCCAGGGGGAAGAGAGCAUCGUCAAGGUCUCCCUCAAUGCCUCCUCCAUCUCUGACAAGCUGGUGGCCUUCAAGACCAAGCCUCCGCCCAUCCAGAAGGACAUGCUCUCCAUCUGCAGCGACCCGUACACACUGGCACAGCAGCUCACCCACGUGGAGCUGGAACAUUUGAGUCACAUUGGACCAGAGGAGUUUGUCCAAGCCUUUGUUCAGAAAGACCCGCUGGAUGGAACACAGCAGCCAUGCUUCAGUGACCAGAAGAAGAAAACCUCCAACCUGGAGGCUUAUGUCAGAUGGUUCAACAGACUGUGUUACCUGGUAGCUACUGAGAUCUGCAUGCCGGCGAAGAAAAAACAAAGAGCCCAGGUGAUUGAGUUCUUCAUUGAUGUUGCCAGGGAGUGUUUCAACAUCGGAAACUUCAACUCCCUCAUGGCCAUCAUCUCUGGUAUGAACAUGAGUCCUGUGUCUCGGCUGAAGAAGACUUGGGGCAAAGCCAAGACUGCCAAGUUCUUCAUUCUGGAGCAUCAAAUGGAUCCUACGGGAAAUUUUUACAACUACAGGACCGCCCUGAGGGGGGCCGCCCAUCGCUCUCAGACUGCCAACAGCAACAGAGAAAGGAUUGUAAUUCCCUUCUUCAGUCUGCUGAUCAAAGACAUUUAUUUCCUGAAUGAAGGCUGUGCCAAUCGGCUGCCCAAUGGCCACGUCAACUUUGAGAAAUUCAUGGAGCUGGCACGACAGGUCGGGGAGUUCAUGACAUGGAAACAGGUGGAGUGUCCAUUUGAGGAGGAUCGGGCCAUCCUGCACUACCUCCACACUGCUCCAAUCUUCAGCGAGGAUGGACUCUACCUUGCAUCCUAUGAGAGCGAGAGUCCAGAGAACCAGGUAGAGAAGGACAGAUGGAAAGCACUCAGGUCCAACGUUCUGGGAAAGACAUGAGGCACUGACGGCAGCUAACCCUCCCACCAGCGAGGGAGCAUGUGAUCUCACUGCACUAAAACGAACUGUGAAGGAACCUAGCUGGUACUUAGGUGUUUUUCUAUGAAGAAAUUAUGAGAAAAAAAAAAAAGAAACACGA